AUGGGAGGCCAAUUGCAGAAACUGACCACUAUAGAGUACACCGUCAAUGAAAGAAACAAUCAGAUUUUAUCCAUCCUGGCAGAAGAGUUAAUUAAGAAGGGAAAUUUAUCAGGAUUAAAAAAACUCUUGCGGAAGAGCACCGAGAUCACUUUUCGUCAAGGAACGACGUUACUCCAUAUAGCUUCGCUACAUCAACAAAUAGCAUGUUUAAAAUACCUCCUUGACAAAAGAGUUGUGUGUGUCAACGCUGAAGACAAUUCUUGUGAAACUGCUUUAAGCAGUAGUCUUGUGAAUCCAGUUUCUUACGAAUGUUCUGAUCUUCUGAUUUCAGCUGGUGUUAAUAUCAACCUGAAGAAUAAAUGGUUACGAACUCCAUUGUUGAAGUGUAUUAUUGAUCAGAAUGAACUUAAUGUGUUGUAUUUAUUAGAUAAGGGAGCUAAUCCUAAUACAGAAGACUGUAUGGGUUGUACACCUUUAAAUCAGAGUGUUUAUUAUCAUUUAUAUCGUACAUUCAACCGACUGUUAGACACUGGUGUUGAUAUUAACUAUGUCAAUAGGAAUGGAUUGAGUGCACUGUAUUUUGGGUGUAAAUCUUUGAAUAAAACCUGUGUUAGAAAGCUGAUAGAUCUUGGUUCUGAAGUCAACAUGGCUCUAAUAGAGAAACUCGUUCAAAUGUCUGUAGAACCAGAAAAGUGUGACAAGUUUGAAGUCAUAUUCCAUCUGAUUAUCAGUGCUCUCGGCCAGCCUUUAACGAUCCGAACUUGGGUACAAUGUCUGCCAUCUUCAAUCAAGAAUGACAGUAUGUGUAGACUGUGUCUAGCUGCAACUAAUUUCACUACCGGCUUCUGUCAAUUUUUUGAAACAACAGAUUUUUGGAAGAAUCAUGUCCAAGACAAUUAUCAUUCCCUAAAAUUCUAUUCCAUGGUGCCAUCGUUAAAACAUCUGUGUAGAUUAAGUGUAAGAAGCCUACUGACACAGUCUGGGGGUAAUGUGAUAUAUAAAAUAAGAUAUUUAGAUGUCCCCCCAGGGCUGAAGUCUAUGAUAUUGUUACAGGAUGUGAUCUAGGCGCUCAGGGGUGUUAAUAGGGGUGGGACUGGACUGAUUUUAGUUUUCAUUGGUCAAUCACUGAAUCAAUUUUAGAAUUUAAAGUUUGUCUUUCAACAUGAAUUAAAGUCUUGAAAACUUAAGUACUGCAAACUGCAAGUAGGAAAAUUGUAUGCAAAGGUAAUACUUAUAGCAAUUUAUUUUUUUAGUUUUUUAAACUGAAAUCAGUCUUAGUAACUUUGUUUUGAUAAAAAAAAUAAAAACAUGAGCAUACAUUAUCACGUGUGUGAUCAAAUGGUUUUACAGAGGAGAAUUUUCAGUCAUAAUUUGGAAUGAAAUGUAAGAGUUGAAUUAUAUUGAAGGGAAGUGUGUUUCUAAUCAAUAUAAGAUAUUACAAAUUUAUAUGUUUAUCAAUGCAAAGUGAUUUUAAGAUUACCAGUAUUGAUUUGAAACUGAUAUUCAAUUUCACGUUUAACAAGUAGGCAAUAUUCAAAACAAAAAACAUUGUGAUCCAGGAUUAAAGAUAAUUUUCAUCUGUGUACUUGUGAACUAAGUGAAAAUUAAGUCCAAUCUUCAUAAUGGCUUCUGAGCGCCUAAUUUAAGCAUUUUAAAAUCUUAUAAAAGAUAUUGUUAAUUUGAAUUUUUAUGAUAAAAGAAUUUUAAUGUUG